AUGAGAAGCGAAAACCAGAAACACAAACCAACCAAAGCCAUGGAAGAAGACACAAUAGUCCUCUACGCAGCUCCAGGAAUGGGACACAUAAUCUCCAUGGUUGAGCUAGGCAUGCUCAUUCUCAAUCGCUACCCCGGAAAAUUCUCCAUUACCAUUCUCUACACUUGUGGCAGUUUGCUUGACACUCCAAGCAUCCCCGCCUACAUCCAGCUCAUCUCCCGAGCUUAUCCUUCCAUCUCCUUCCACCAAUUUCCUCGCGUUGAAAAUAAAAUUACAUUAAUUCCCAUCAGCGUCGUGGCCAUAGCGUCUGAUUUCAUUCGCCGGAAUGAUCAUCAUGUCCGCCUUGCCCUCCAAGAGAUCUCUAAAUCUUCAGCCAUUCGCGCUUUUAUCAUCGACAUCUUCUGCUCCUCUGCGCUGCCAAUGGCGAAGGAACUCGGCAUUCCCACCUAUUACUUUUACACCUCUGGCGCUGCAGCUCUUGCGGUUUUUCUGUACUUUCCAAAAAUCGGGGAACAAACCACCAAGAGCUUCAAGGAUCUGACCGAGACUGUUUUGGAGUUUCCCGGGUUGAAGUCUACCCUGAAUGCCCCCCACAUGCCUGAGCCAAUGCUUGACCGAGACGACCCUGCGUAUUGGGACAUGGUCUACUUCUGCACCCACCUUCCCAAAUCUAAUGGGAUCAUAGCCAACACGUUUGAAGAGCUCGAGCCUCCUGCAAUCCUCAAAGCCAUUGCUGGAGGUCUUUGUGUUCCUGAUGCUCCCACUCCUCCUGUCUACUACAUCGGGCCGUUGAUUGCUGAAGAAAAAGAAUCUGGGGAUUCUGCAGAGGCAGAAGAUUGUUUGUCAUGGCUUGAUCAGCAGCCAAGUAGAAGUGUGGUGUUUCUCUGUUUUGGAAGCAUAGGAUCAUUCUCAGGGGCUCAAUUGAAGGAGAUAGCAGAUGGGUUGGAAAAGAGUGGACAAAGGUUUUUGUGGGUGGUGAAGAAGCCUCCCCUUGAUGAGAAAACCAAGCAGGUCCAAGGAGUACAUGACUUUGAUUUGGAGGGUUUGUUGCCAGAAGGGUUCUUGGAGAGGACCAAAGAUAGGGGCUUGGUGGUGAAAUCAUGGGUGCCGCAGGUGGUGGUGUUGAAGAAGGAAUCAGUGGGCGGGUUCGUGACGCAUUGUGGCUGGAACUCGGUGCUUGAAGCGGUGAUCGCCAGCGUGCCGAUGGUGGCAUGGCCGCUCUAUGCAGAGCAACAUUUGAAUAGGAGUAUUUUGGUGAAGGACAUGGAAAUGGCGAUUGCUGUGGAGCAGAGAGAGGAAGAUGGGUUUGUGUUUAGGGAUGAAUUGGAGAGAAGCAUUAGGGAGUUGAUGGAGUCGGAAAAAGGGAGAGAGCUCAGAGAAAGGAGCAGGAAAAUGGGAGAGAUGGCUUUGGCUGCUUGGAGUGAGUCUGGUUCAUCCACUAGAAACUUGGUUAACUUUGUUAAUAGCAUUACAUGA